AUAUUAAAAAAGCAAUUAUGCAUUCACUUAUAUCAUUAAAUAAUUAACGAAAAAUAGAAAAAAAAUAAAGGGCACAAAAAUUAACUUCAGAGAAUGAAUGAAAUCAAAUCACCAAUUUCUCAUUUGCUUUGGUGAUUGAAAUUCAUGAUCUUCUCGAAAUUGCAAAAAUAAUGUGAUUCACUGUCUUUGCGAGAUCAAGUUCAAGUGGAAUGAAAUCAAAUCACCAAUUUCUCAUUUAACAAAUUGCGGGAUUCACUUCAUCGGCCUUCCCCCACUGCGUCUUCGACCUCGCAGCACCGGUGGCGCCGCUGGAGCUAGCGGAAGGCAAGGCCACGCUGAAGCCACAGCAGCAGCGAGCGGCGCUGAAGACGACGAAGAGGAAGCCUGCUUCAGCAGCGACCAGAGGUAGCUCGAGUAGAAGCCGCGGAAUCCGCCGAGGGCCGAGACGACCAGCACGACGCCCUCACUCUCUCUCUCUUUCGUUCCCAACGAUCACCGAUCUCUCUCUCUCACUACUCCUCUCCGGCGAUCUCAAUAUCGGCGCUGCUGCCCUAGCCCCAAGAACGGGCUACAAUAAUCAGCAAGCUGGCCGGACAAAUCGUGAAGAUGAGUCAGCAGAAAUUCGCCUCUAACAUCGUUGAGAAAUGCUUGACUUUUGGUGGCCCGGAGGAGCGGAAGCUCUUGGUGAACGAGAUACUCGGUUCAACAGAAGAGAACGAGCUGUUGCAGGCUAUGAUGAAAGAUCCCUUCGGAAACUACGUCGUGCAGAAGGUGCUUGAGACAUGUGAUGACAAGAGUCGCGAACUCAUCCUCUCCCGCAUCAAGGUCCACUUGAGUGCACUCAAGAGGUACACUUACGGCAAGCACAUUGUAUCACGCGUAGAAAAGCUUGUUGCAGCCGGAGAAAGGCACAUUGGGCAGUCCUCAUCAUCCAAGCAGAACAUCUGAGCUUUGUACAUACGAGGACCGGGUUUGAGCACGGUCCGAACGAGGCUUUCUAGUCGGGAGGAACGAGGUAGUGUAACGUAAGUUUCUGCUAUACGUGGAGCUCCAUAAUAAGCCUGCAUUUUUGUUUCUUGAUUGUGUAUAGGUUUGUUUUGCUCAUGAUCGAGCCGAUAAUAAGCUGUUUUUGAUUGUGUACAUUUUGUUGAUAAUUUUAUGUGUAGUGUGAUAGAGUCACAUUAUUUAUGUGAUAUUGUGAGGAACAAAGGGUGUUACAGAAAGUAAGAUAGAAAGUUUAGAGAGAGGCACUUUUUCUUAUGAGGAAUUUUUGCAGUCUUCUUCAGUAA